AUGUCGCAAAAAACUGAUAUUAUAACCGCUAUCAACACAGACCACUUGGCUGUUGUUCUUGGAGUUGAUAGCUUAGCUGAAUACCCAAGAGGUCCUUUAUUUUGGAAGUUUAAUAACAGUCUACUGGACAACUCCAAUUUUGUCCAAUGUAUGUGUGAUAGUUUUCCUAUAUAUUUGGCUUGGUGGAAUCAGUUAUCGUGAAGAUCUAAGGAUGCAAUGGGAUUACAUUAAAUAUAAGAUUUGGCAAGACACUAUUAGAUACAGCAAAGUAAAAUCUAACAUAAGAAAAAUUAAGCGGAAAAAAAUUGAAGAAAGAUUAAGGAAAUGCGAAGAAAAAGUUGCAGAAGCACUAACUGCUGAGAACCUUGAAAAUUAGAAAGAGUAUGAUUAUAUUGUAAGAGGUUCAAUAAUCUGUUCUCAUGCUACAUGGUAUAAACAAGGUGAAAGGAAUACAAAAUAUUUUCUCAAUUUGGAAAACAGCAUUAUAAGAAAAAAGGUUACAUUAGGAAAUUACUUAUUUCAGAUGGAGAAGAGACUACAGAUGCUAAUGUCAUAUUAAAGGAAAUCUAUGAUUUUUAUUCAGAUCUUUAUGACAAAAAACUGGAGAUUCAAUCUGACUUCACUGGCUGUCCCUUUGUAGAGAACUCGUCAACAGUUCCUAAACUAAAUUAUGCCAUGGGAGAGAUGUACGAAGGUCAA